AUGGCCAGAAGGGUUAUCGAUGAUCGAUUCCACAACCCUGCACCUCUGUGUCGGGGCCUGACCGUGCCCUCUGACUCCCGAGCCCUGAGAGCACAGCUGAAGCUAACUGCAGAUAAUUGUUCAGGCUUCAGCGGUUCUGAGGUGGAGUUUCCUUUCUCAGACCAGCAGCGCCUUCAGUCUUACAAUGCGUGCCUCCAUGAACAUGUCUGUAUCAUAGACAGCUCCUUUGCUCUGCAACUUUUCUGUGCCUGCCAGAUGGCUCCAAAGUCAGUUCACUUUAACAACUGUCCCCAAAUUCCACUGCCCCCUGGCGCAUGUGGGACUUCGGAGCCAAAAGACUCUUUCCAAGUCAGCACCACAACAUUGACGAAGAUAAGGAGAAACCAGGAAGAUGAUACCUGUCAUGUUAUUUUCCUAACAGAAAAUUCUAUCACCCAUGAGCCGUGUGCAUUUAACUCGAGUCUAGACAAAUCUCCUGUUUCUGAUGUCCCCGAGGAAGAGAAAAGCGACGGAAUACAAAGUGGCCAGGAACGGUCUGGGUUUCGUGUUUAUGUGUAUCUUCUUAACCGAGGACCCUCCGAUGUGAGCAUCGAGCAGCCCCCAGCGCUGAGGAGACAGCUCGCCCCCCGCCCCUUCUCCCGUCUGGCUGGGGCCGGGGUUCGCCCAAACCAGAAGCGGAGUCCCGGUCGGCGCGCGGCGGCGGGAGACCGGGCUGGGGACCAAGGCGGGCCGAGUUCGCCAGGAGCCGGCCGCCGCCGCCACUACCGACCGCCCACGCUCCGGGCCGCAGGCGCCUCUCCCGCCGGGAAGCCUCUCGUAGCCCCCCCAAAGGCGACCUCACCCGGUCACCGCAGCCUCGCUCUCUCAUAUCCAUUCAGGGAACCCUUCCACUGCCUAGUUGGCCCCCAUUAUUGCGAGGAGCUGCAGCCGCAGGAUGCCGCCACCACCACCACACACACACGUCCGGGGCGCCCCCCUUUCCUCUUGUCGCAGGCUACCCUAGAGGCUCCCCCAGCUCUCAGACAAACUCCCGCCACCCCCGCAUCUCAGCCCCAAGCGCGCCGCCGCCCACGACAGCGGAGCAGGGGAAACUGCACAAUAAAAGUUGCUUUCCGCGAAGCCUAAUCGAGGUCAAUGUUUAACCAUUUCGGAAAACACGCGCGACAAAAGUCAGCGGGAGAGAGGAGGGAGGACUAGAUCACGGCACCGCUAAAAAUACCCGGGCUCGCAGCCCUGCGCACGCCCGGGGGCCUGAUGCACUUUAGCUCAGCGACCCCCACUGGCGGAAUCCUGGCGCGCACGGCGCGCCGCGCGA